CGCGGGCAGUGCCACUGCCACCCACUGUAUAAAAGCGACGAGUGCUCGCCGUGCUGCCGCAGUUUGCCGCUCUGCUGCGCCUCAGCAGCCAGUUUCUCCCGUCUGGGACAGGAAAGUGAGCAGAGAACCAGGAGGAGCUGAUGGCGUCCAACUACGUCGACACCGUGGUGGAGGAGAGCAGGUUCCACGGCCACCACCACCACCACCACCACCACCACCACAGCAGCAGCACGACGCCGACCGGCGCGGCGGCGUCGCCCAAGACGAUGCGGAGGAGCUGGUCGUCCGCCUCGUCCGCCCACAGCCACGGCUCCACGCCCAAGUGCGUGUGUGCGCCGGCCACUCACGCAGGCUCCUUCAAGUGCCGCCUCCACCGCAGCAGCUCCCACAGCCACCCGGCGUCCCCUCCGUCCCCGGCCACCACCUCCGCCGCGCCGCCGCCGGCCGCGGCCGCGUCCUCCUCCCGUACCGUCGCGGCGCAGUGACGGCGCGGCGCCCGUCUGUGUCAACCAAGAAACGCCGGCCCACCACAGCAGUGAGGAGGAGAGGAGAAGAGAGAAACGGAAAAAAAGGGAAAACGUACUCACCCUCUGUUAUGUGACACAAGAAAGGGAGCUUAUUUCUUCCUCCCUUCAUCUUCAUGCCAAUGGCCAAACAAAAUUCCCAAUUCCUUUCACUUUCUCCCUUCGUCUUUUUGUUGUUGGGAUCGAUUGAUCGAGUCUCCCUAGAUUGGCCUUCCCUUUCCCUCCCUCCAUCAGAAGAAAUUCUCCUGCUUGUACUAGGCAUCCCGCUCGCCUCCUCCACUGAAAUGGAACGGGCCCGAUUGGUAGAGUAUGUGUGAUGGUGACAUGGAGUUCACUUAUGUAAUUACCAUUUCAGUAAAUCAAUGUUCUUGCAGGAACUGUGA